AUGCUUCUCAUUGAAAAGAAAGUGAAAGGAAUCAGUUCUGACAGGAGACCGAGUAUCACGGCCGUGAGUUCACUACCAGCGAAGAAUACAAAGAUGUAUUCCACGGAAGCGGAUGAGGAAGCAACGAUCACAAGGCAAUUUAUAGGGAUUUUCGCGAGCAAAAUGCCUUUUGUUGAGGCAAGAGCUCGCAUUCUUGGAAUAGGCAUAGAAGAUGAGAUUGGUUUUGCAAGAGACUCUGCUGAUGAUUACAAAAGCAGAAACUGCAUACGCAUUGAUGCCUUCAGAUGGGUAAAGCGAGACUCAUAUCUUCCAGUCGGCAGUCAGUAUCUGAAAUCUGUUGCAAAAGCUAAUUUGCACUGUGAUCCUGUUGAAGUGAUCCAGAAGAUGUCUGAAAUGGCUACAAAUGAACCCCAGAGUCUCGCAAGUUAUUCGAUUUCUGGUAUUGUUGCGACUUACUAUCUCUACAUGAAGUAUGUCCACCCAUUCGUUUUGUGCUGUGUACAAUCAUUCCGCUUGGACCAGAUGAUGUGA